CGAACCGGGAAACGAAAGAGCGGUAGGCACAUGCUUGACGGUUAAUUAGUAAGGACUAGAGAUGCAUAUAAAUACGUAACGGUUGCGUUUGUACAAGUCUGAUAUAGGUUGAUAAACGUAUAUUCUUGUCUGAAUCUAUUCGCAAAGUUCGGUCGGGGGAAAAGAAAGAGAGGUAGACACAUAGCUUGACGUCAGAAAACAAGAGUCUAAAUUUUUUUUGUUAAUGACAUGAUGUCGACAAAAAUAAAUAAAGAACGUACGACGUGGUAACACGAAACGAAGUUCGUAAUAAAUAGUUUAACGAAUCAAACGGCAUCAAUCACAAAAUAUACGCUUUUCUUUUCCUUUUUCUUUUUUUUUUGGUCACCACCAACCCUUUUUAUUUUUCCUUCUUUAAGUCUGAGGGAAUAAAAAACAAAAACUUUGCGCCGCAGGAAACGAAGAAGAAGCUGUUCUCUUGAGAGAUUGUUCUCUUCUCCUUUCUUCAGUUUAGGUUGUUGUGUUUACUAACGAGAAGAAUCUUCAGGUUCGAUGGGAAAUUUCCUAACGACCGGUUCUAGGGUUUCUGAAAACAGAGAAGAAACUGAUUCGAACGGUUCUUCUUCUUCUUCCGAGGAAAAAUCCAAGGCAAGCGAUGUUAACAUGGAGAGUGUUAACGACUCUGGACCAGUUCAAGAUCAUGCGAUGAGUGAAGAAGCUUCUUCGUCGCUGAAUACAAAGCAAGAUCAUUAUUCCAGAGACGAGUUCUACGUUGGAGAUUUUGUGUGGGUACAAGGAGCCAACCGUCACCAAUGGUGGCCUGGGAAGCUUUACGAUUCUUCAGACGCUUCUGACUUGGCUUUCAAGCAAAUGCGGAAGGAUACAACAUUGCUUGUGGCGUUUUGUUGGAAAGAGACGUUUGCUUGGUGCACUCCAUCGCAGCUUAAACCGUUUGUAGAGAAUUUCAGAGAGUUUUCCAAGACUAGCGAGUCUACUAGCUUUCGCAGUGCUGUGAGAGAAGCCGUGAGAGAGAUCGGUCAACAUGUGGAGAACCUGCUGGUUUGUGACGAGGCUCUGGUUACUCCUCCUGUAGCUGUGAACUGUGGAGUAAAGAAAGGAGUUCUUGUACCUGACGUUAGAAGAGAGAUUGUAAAGUCAUUGGUUCUUGAAAAAACUGGGAUAGUUCUUGAAGAUGUUAGAAGCCUUGCCAAGGAAGCUAGCUUUAGUGAUUCGUUAGAGGUUGAGGUUUUGAAGAGGAAAAUAUCUGCGUUUUAUCGGUCUAAAGGAAGGUUUGAUCUAGCUAAAUACGACGAUGAUAAUCCAUAUAUCAUAGGGCUUGAAGACAAAGAGGAUGCGUUGAAGUUCAACAACUCUUCUUGCAAGAGAUCAUUAAGAAAGUGCUCUGUGUUUGCUAGUAAAAAGAGGAAACAUGGCGAUGAAGAGAUUGAGAGGAAAGAGGAGUCUGGUAUUAGUAUAGUUGUUGACUUAUCAACUCCAAUGACUUCACUCUGCAAAAGGGUAAAGGUUGAUGAUGUUUCUUCAAGCGUUGAGAGGAACAAUGGGAGUGGAGAGACUAUAGUGCAAAGAGGUAAGAGAGAGAGGAAGAAGAGCAAGUAUCUUUCACCAGAGUACGUGACAGAUUUUAGUUGGAGAAGGAGAAAGAGCAAAACAGAAUCUGAAUCAGCAGAGAAGAAGAGUUAUGCUGAAAAGGCCAUUAGUUCUACUACAACAGAGGAAAUACUUGAACUGAUCCGUGCAGCGGCUCUCAGCACGCAGUAUUCAAAAGAGUGUAAAAGCUCUUAUGACAUGAUAAGAGGGUUUGUGUCCAUUUACCGAAGCUUUACAUAUGAUUAUGGAGCUCACAAAAGAAACGUUUCAGAUGAAUAUAAUAAGCAGCUUGAAAUGAAGAUGGACAAGAGUGAAGUUGAGAAGCAAUUCUCAGGUGUUGACUUAUAUAUCAAGUCUGGUUUCGGUUCAACUCUGCCUUCGAAAGAUGACUUGAUUAGAACAUACACAGAGUUCGGUGAUUUGGACAGAGAGAGAAGCUGUACGUUGGACAAUGACUCAUGCGCACGCGUUAGCUUCUUGAAUGUGUCUGAAGGAGAGGAAGCCUUUUACAAGUCAGUAGAGAAAUGCCCGUUCGAUACUACUUCCGCCACCGUUACAUUCGAGCUCAAGUAUCCUCCUUCUUCUGGAAACGGAAAGGGGGUGAUGGAAAUGGAGUGGUUGAAAAAUAAGCUCGAAGAGAUGAGAGCGUUGCUGGAUGAGUCUGAGGGAGGAGAGGUUACGGAAGAGUUGAAGAUGAGACUUGAAGAGGAAUCAAGAAACUUGCUGGACAAGGUAAAGAAGAUGACUGUUGGUUCCUCCUCAUGAGGGUAUUCUUAACUUGUAACUUGUAGGAUGUUGUGUUUGUUUAUUAGUUGAAGACAUUAGCUUUCUUUUAGCCUAACACUUCGAGGUUGGAUACUUUUUUUGUAACACACUACAAAAUUCAUUCGGAUAUUUUUUUAUAUUUUAAACUGGGUAGGAUCAGAUAUUUUGGUUUGGGUUUAGUUCUGAUUUUGGAUUACAGAUUUUAUGUCACAACUACU